AUGAACAUUUCAAACUCCCGUCUGUUGGCUCUGAUAGCCAUGAGCCUGGCUACAGUUGACGGACUCAAGCUGUGGACACGGAAACCAGCCGAUCCAAAUGAUAUUUUGAUGUCUGCUUAUGUUGUCGGAAAUGGAAAGCAGGGAGGGAUGCCACUCGGCAUUCCCGGUAACGACAUCGUGAGCAUCAACCACGACAGCCUGUGGUCAGGAGGGCCCUUUAGCAAUACGAGCUAUCGAGGAGGUAAUCCCACAUCGUCUCUGGCGCACUUCCUUCCUGGAAUUCAGUCGUGGAUCUUUCAGAACGGCACCGGAAACGAAUCAGCACUGUAUGGCAGCAGCAGUGAUUACGGGUCGUAUGAAACUUUCGGCAACCUCACAGUAGCGAUUGCAGGGGUGGAGCAGUAUUCCAACUACAAGAGAGUCCUUGACCUCGAGACAGCUAUUCAUUCGACAGAUUUCACUGCCAAUGGCGCCGAUUUCUCCACGCAAGUUGAACUUUCCUUGGCGGCUGCGUAUCAACUGUGCUCUUACAUCGAUCAAGUCUGCAUUUAUCAUAUCAGUUCGACCAAAGUGCUUCCGGAUGUGACGUUUGGCAUGAUAGACACAGUUCGAACCAAUCCAGUCUCCAAUUCCAGCUGUUCCACAGACGGCGUUCACCUCAGCGGCCGAACUGAAGCAGAUGCUGGGUUUGGUAACAUCGGCAUGAAGUUUGAUGCCCAGGUUCAAGCCCUUGGCGCCAGCGAGCUAAAAGCCCGAUGUAAUGAAGACGGCUCGGCCCUCAUACCUGGCGGGUCAACGAAAAGCUUAACACUUCUUCUUGCAACUGGCACAGAGUAUGAUGCCUCAAAAGGCGAUGCCUCUAACAAUUAUUCCUUCCGCGGCCAUCUUCCUUACCCAGUCGUUAUGGGAACUAUAUCCAAGGCAUUGAAGCGGUCUUAUGCGGACAUGUUAAAGGACCAUGUUGCCGACCAUCAGAGCUGGAUGAGCCUGUUCCGUCUGGAACUGCCGGACCCGAACAACUCCGCGGAAGUCGAUACUUCGACGCUGCUGUCGACUUAUACCUGGGAGAAAGGUGACCCCUUUGUAGAGAAUCUAGUCGUCGAUUAUGGCAAGUAUAUGUACAUUGCAUCAUCUCGCCCUGGAUCAUUGCCGCCAAACCUACAAGGCACGUGGGCACCGGAUCUAUACCCAGCAUGGAGCUCGGAUUAUCAUAUUGACAUCAAUGUCCAAAUGAACAAUUGGCAUGCAGAGCAAAUGGGGCUCGGAAACCUGACGGAGCCGCUCUUCGACUAUAUGACCCAGACCCUAGUUCCCCGUGGGACCGAAUCCGCUCGACUAUGGUAUAAUGUCAGUGGCUGGGUUGCCUUCUCGAACGUCAAUACUUUCGGCCAUACUGGUCAGGAGAACGAUGAAGUCUGGUCGGACUCGCAACAUGAUGUGGCAUGGUUGAUGGCAUAUGUCUGGGAUCGAUUUGACUACGGCCGAGAUGUACAAUGGUAUCGUUCAGUCGGUUAUCCUCUCAUAAAAGCGGUCGCGGAGUUUUGGCUGGAUAUGCUCCUGGAAGAUGAAUACUUUAAGGAUGGGACACUCGUUGCCAACCCGUGCAACUCUCCGGAACAAUCGCCAACUACCUUUGGAUGCUCACAAUCUCAACAAGUCAUUUGGGAACUAUUUGACCACGUCCUGAAAGGGUGGGAAGCAUCCGGUGAUACCGAUGAAGCCUUUUUCAGGCGUAUUAAGGAUGCCUACGGGAAAGUCUAUGAAGGCGUCCGAGUCGGAAGUUGGGGUCAGAUCCAGGAGUGGAAAAUUGACAUGGAUGUCGAGAACAACACCCACCGACACCUCUCCCACUUGACAGGCUGGUACCCCGGGUACGCAAUCGCGGGCUUGCAUGGAAACAACAAGACCAUCACCGAUGCGGUCGCCACAAGUCUAUAUUCCCGCGGGAACGGUACGAUCGACUCCAAUACCGGCUGGGAGAAGGCUUGGCGAUCUGCCUGCUGGGCUCGACUCGGUGUCGUCGACGAGGCAUACUCGGAGUUCAAAUACACCAUUGACAUGAACUUUGCGCCUAACGUGCUCUCAGUCUACGCUACUACUGAUGGUUGGCCGUAUACCCAGAUCCUACCGUUCCAGAUUGACGCAAAUUUUGGGUUAUCUGGUGCAGCACUGGCCAUGCUCAGCUCUGAUGUCGCUCAGUGGAACGGCGAUAAGAGCAUACAGCGAGUUAUCCUAGGCCCAUCAAUUCCACCACAGUGGGCAGGUGGCUCUGUCAAAGGGCUACGGCUACGUGGAGGCGGGACAAUAGACUUUACUUGGGACGACGACGGGAUGGUGUCCAAGGCAAAGCUCGGGUCACGAGAUCUCCCGAUUCAAAUAGUCAACAAGGCUGGGAAGUUACUGGCGGAAGUUUGA